ACAUUACCACGGAGAAUACGACCGAAAGGGGUUUGUUUUAAUUACAUGACCGAUAACUGUCCGUUCGUCUAGUUGGUAACGACUCCGUAUCGUUAACCGUGGGGAGAAAUGGGCACUUUACGCGAUCUCCAGUACGCGUUACAGGAGAAGAUCGAAGAACUGAGACAGAGAGACGCGCUGAUUGAUGAACUGGAGUUGGAGCUUGACCAGAAAGAUGAACUCAUCCAGAAGCUUCAGAAUGAGUUAGACAAAUACCGAUCCGUUAUAAGACCGGCAACUCAACAAGUCCACAAGCAGAGUGUCCUUCAAGAGCAGCAGAGGACCAAGAGACAGGCGAUCUCAGCCGAACCUACAGCCUUUGAUAUCCAAGACCUCAGUCAUGUCACCCUGCCUUUCUAUCCAAAGAGCCCACAGUCUAAAGAACUAAUCAAAGAGGCCAUUCUUGACAAUGACUUCAUGAAGAACUUGGAGCUGUCUCAGAUUCAGGAGAUUGUGGACUGCAUGUACCCUGUGGAGUAUGAUAAAGAUAGUUGUAUCAUCAAAGAAGGCGAUGUGGGCUCCCUGGUCUAUGUCAUGGAAGAUGGCAAGGUUGAGGUGACCAAGGAAAGCAUGAAACUCUGCACUAUGGGGCCAGGGAAGGUGUUUGGAGAGCUUGCCAUCCUCUAUAACUGCACCAGGACUGCUACGGUACAGACCCUCACAAAUGUGAAGUUAUGGGCCAUUGACCGCCAGUGUUUCCAGACCAUCAUGAUGAGGACCGGACUCAUCAAGCAUGCAGAGUACAUGGAGUUUCUGAAGAGCGUUCCAACAUUCCAAGGCCUUCCAGAAGAAAUACUUAGCAAGCUAGCUGAUGUGCUGGAGGAGACUCACUACAGUGAUGGAGAAUACAUUAUUAGACAAGGUGCCAGAGGGGACACAUUCUUUAUCAUUAGCAAGGGAAAGGUGAACGUUACUCGAGAAGAUCCACCCAAUGGAACCGCUGUCUAUCUGCGGGCAUUAGGUAAAGGAGACUGGUUUGGAGAAAAAGCCCUUCAAGGAGAAGACAUCAGGACGGCUAAUGUCAUUGCUGCUGAAGCUGUCACCUGCCUCGUCAUCGACAGAGAGUCCUUCAAACACUUGAUUGGAGGUCUGGACGACGUCUCUAACAAAGGCUAUGAUGAUGCUGGCGCCAAAGCAAAAUACGAGGCAGAGAAUGCCUUCUUCUCCAACCUGAAUCUGGUGGACUUCAACAUUAUCGACACUUUGGGAGUUGGAGGAUUUGGAAGAGUUGAGCUGGUGCAGCUCAAGAGUGAAGAGACCAAAACAUUUGCAAUGAAGAUUCUGAAGAAGCGUCACAUCGUGGACACGCGGCAACAGGAGCACAUCCGCUCUGAGAAACAGAUCAUGCAGGAGGCUCAUUCAGACUUCAUUGUAAGGUUGUACAGGACUUUCAAAGACAGUAAAUAUCUGUACAUGCUGAUGGAGGCCUGUCUAGGCGGAGAGCUUUGGACCAUACUUAGAGACAGAGGAUCAUUUGAAGACUCCACUACACGGUUUUAUACAGCCUGUGUGGUUGAAGCCUUUGCAUACCUGCAUUCCAAGGGAAUAAUUUACCGUGAUUUAAAGCCAGAAAAUCUCAUUCUGGAUCACAGAGGGUAUGCCAAGCUUGUGGACUUUGGCUUUGCCAAAAAGAUUGGAUUUGGGAAGAAAACUUGGACUUUCUGUGGAACGCCAGAGUAUGUAGCCCCGGAGAUCAUACUGAAUAAAGGACAUGACAUCUCAGCAGACUAUUGGUCAUUGGGAAUUCUUAUGUAUGAACUCUUGACUGGAAGCCCACCAUUCUCAGGACCGGAUCCAAUGAAGACAUAUAAUAUAAUUUUAAGAGGAAUCGACAUGAUAGAAUUUCCAAAGAAGAUCACCAAAAAUGCAGGCAAUCUAAUUAAAAAACUAUGCAGGGACAAUCCGUCUGAGAGGCUAGGAAACUUGAAAAAUGGAGUCAAAGAUAUCCAAAAGCACAAAUGGUUUGAAGGCUUUAACUGGGAAGGACUACGCAAAGGAACUCUCACCCCUCCAAUUAUUCCUGAUGUUGCAAGCCCAACUGACACCAGUAACUUUGAUAGCUUUCCAGAGGACAAUGAGGAACCUCCUCCAGAUGACAAUUCCGGCUGGGACACUGAUUUCUAAAAAUGAAACUUAUAACGUGCCCUGCCCUAGAGUGUCUCGUGUGGUUUGUCAGCAAAGAGAAGAAUGGAAGACGUCUAGCCCAGCUCUGUGACACCAAGUUGCCUUCACACAUACUUCUGUCCUGCGAUGCCAUUGGGGCAUCUCAGCUUCCCGCUGCACCCCACAGCUACCGUGGACUGUCCUAAUCAGAAGGACUGGAGUCCAUAUUUCCAACAUGGCUUUAGAUAUAGACUCAGACUGCCUCAUGCUGGAGCAGAUGUCUUAUAAAUGAGCCCUUCUUUUUUUUUUUUUUUUUUUUUUUUUGCUGUUUUAUGUUUGACUGAUUGCACAAGCAGUGGUUUCAGGUUUUAAGUCUGGGUCCUAAGAAGAUAAUCAUAAGUAGGGACCGUACUAUGAUCUGGAGUGAGUUUUGAUUAUGUUUCUAAGAUGCAUUUUAGGAUGGAAUUUAGUUUGUGGUUACUUCUGAUAGUAUGACAGUUUUGUAUGAAUAUAGGUAAUAUAUUUGGAACAGAAACACACCAGUGUCAAAUACUUAAAAAGGUAAAAGGUAUGGUACAUAUGAUUAAAUUAAUUUCCAUUUAGUAUUUUUAUGCAUAUUUCUCUUAAAGGAAUAGUUCAG